GGAAUUUAAAAUUUAACCGCUCGCACGUGUCUCCUCGAACUUCAGCGCGCCAUACAAACUGCUGCUAGCUAGCUUUGUAGCUAGGUAGCCUGUGAAUUUAGUACAGAUGGAUCUGGAUCCUGGUGAAGAAGAGGUCGAGGUGCAAGAAGCUAACCAGUCAACGAUGGAGUUUUUGAGAGAUAGCCCAGAUUGGCUGGCAGUGUGGCGAAAAGCUACUUCAGCAAAACCAACAAAGAAGAUUAUACUUAGCCGUAGCAUUGCCACACUUUGCUCAGAGCUGAAGGCGAUUGCAUGUCACCCCAGGCCAGUGCUCAGCUUCAGAGUCCAAUGCAUCCUUCUUUAUGGCUGUACUCUCACCUUUGAAAUACAAAUGAAAGAUCUUUGCCGUGCUUAUAAGUUUAUUUUGGUUGAUAAGAUGGGACCUCUCAACAAGAUGGCAUUGUCAAAAAAAGAAAGUACUACCAAAUCUGUCACUUUACCUGACGCUGUACCGCCUUCACUGCUACCAGUGUUAGAGGAUCUUAGUGAUUUAGCACAGGCCCUUGACACUACAAUACUGGAACCUGACACUGAAGACAAGUACUGUGUCAAAGACGAGUCCUUGAUAUCUUUACGAGAUGACCCACCGAGUUUUUCAUCACUGAGCAGUGUAGACCCCGCCGAGAGGUUUGGCGAUGAAGGCACAGGCGGUUUUAAAGGUGUUGAAGAACUGGAGCAUCCUGAGUGGUUUGACACAGCAUCAAGUGAAGACCAGUCCAUGGAUGUGAUGGCUGAUAGUGAUUCUUCUUUGUUACAAGUGUCUAUUAAUUUCAAUUAUAAGCCAGCUGCAGAAUAUCUUACAAGCAUAAGGAUACACUUACCUGAUAGGAGUGAUGCUUGUAAAACUAUUAAAACUAGUGGUGGUUUUGUAUUGGCUGUUCCUGAUACUCCUCCAGUUCCUGAAACAGAAGAGGAAGCAGAGGAACGAAGAAAUCGCUAUAGGAUUAAGAGCUCAUCAAAAGAUACUCUAAAACGAGACGCUGCUGCUCCCAUAAUUAAGCACAGUUCUUAUUCCAAAUUUGAUCAGUUUGUUUUAGAACCAAUAGACGAUAUGGAACAGGGAGGGCAUCGAAAAAGAAGGAAGAAACCAGUUUCAGCUAUUGACGUAAUAAAAGAAAUACCAGCCAUGGAAUAUGAGAGAGAUGAUAAGCCCCUGUACCUACGAAGUUCCGAACCACUAAUUAAGAAGGUGACAUCCAAAGAAUUAUUUCAAGGACCAACUUGUGAGAUACUGGCUUUGCCUCAUUUCCGUGUCAUUUGGGAUAAGUUGCUAAAUUCUCCUAAAGCCAGUGUCUUUUUCAAUAAAACGGAACAAAAAGCUACAUCCACUGUUGUUGACAAAAGCGUUGAAUUUCAGAGGAAGAUCACAGAGACGGCGUCAAUUGAUGGACCUAGUGAACUUGCUAUACAAAGCCACGUAAGUGGUGAAUCUUCCAUAAUGCAAAAUUCUAAAAACAGGUCCCUUAGAGAUGGUGUGGGAGGAGUACCUGGAAGGCAUCGAGUUGGUGAGCUAGCUCCCAUACCUGAUGAAGAAGAACCUUCCUCCAUUGACAACAUUGAUGCCAGUCACGGUCAAGAGUCGUUGCAUAGCUAUUAUGAUUUUAAUUGUCCUUUUGAAAAUAAAUUAAGAAAGAGACUGAGAGAGAAUGAUGAAUGCUUGUUUCAAGACUUGGUCCCAGUCUCAACACCGAGGGCCAAAGCAGCUUCAGAAUUUCUGGACAUGCUCACUCUCUUAAAUGACGGCAUCAUUUCUGCCAAACAGCUGGAAGGAUCCUACACACCAAUUUCACUUAGUAAAGGUCGCCACUUUUAAGCUCAUUUUUAAAAGAACACAUACUCGUAGUAUCAGUGAUUUUUAAUGUAAUUUUUAAAGCAGUUUUUAGCCGUUUUUACUAGCUGUUGUGUAUAAGUUUUAACUCAUCAAUAUAUAUGUAACAAUGAUAA